AUGGCGGCGUUAAGCUUCACUGUCAACGCGGGGAGCCCCCCGCUCGGAGCUCUUCUGACAGUGGAGCAUGUGAAGAAUGAUCUUGAAAUUUCAGUGGAAGAAGGCAAAGAAACCAUCCUUCGUGUGUCCGAGAAUGUUUCAUUUACUGAUGUGAAUUCAAUAGCUCGCUAUCUGGCUAGAGCUGCUGGUUCUGCUGGGUUGUAUGGUUUGAAUCUCUUGGAACACACUGAGAUUGACCAUUGGCUGGAGUUUAGUGCCACAAAGUUAUCUACAGCUGGCCAGUUUCUUUCAGCGGUCCAAGAGCUCAACCACUGCCUGUCUCUAAGAACAUACUUGGUGGGAAACUCCCUGAGUCUUGCAGACUUGUGUGUCUGGGCUGUACUAAAAGAUAAUAACGUAUGGCAAGAGCAACUGGAACAAAACAAAGCUCCUGUCCAUGCAAAGCGAUGGUAUGGCUUUCUUGAGGUACAGCCUGCUUUUCAGUCAGUAGGAGCCAAGUGGGCUUCUGGUGCACCAAAAGUUAAAAUGGCAACAGAAAAGAAAGCAGAUGUUGGGAAGUUUGUUGAGCUUCCUGGUGCAGAGAUGGGAAAGGUCAUUGUAAGGUUUCCUCCUGAAGCAAGUGGGUAUCUGCAUAUCGGUCAUGCCAAAGCUGCCCUGCUGAAUCAGCACUACCAAGUUAACUUUAAAGGAAAACUUAUUAUGAGGUUUGAUGACACAAAUCCAGAAAAAGAGAAAGAAGACUUUGAAAAGGUUAUUCUUGAAGAUGUUGCAAUGCUGCACAUCAAACCAGAUCAAUUUACAUAUACCUCAGAUCACUUUGAAACAAUAAUGAAGUAUGCUGAGAAGCUUAUUCAAGAAGGGAAGGCAUAUGUGGAUGACACUCCUGCAGAACAAAUGAAGGCAGAGCGCGAGCAAAGAGUGGAGUCUAAACACAGAAAUAAUUGUGUUAAUAAGAAUCUGCAAAUGUGGGAAGAAAUGAAAAAGGGAACAGAAUAUGGACAAACCUGUUGUCUACGAGCAAAAAUAGAUAUGAGUAGUAACAAUGGAUGUAUGAGGGAUCCAACUCUUUAUCGUUGUAAAAACCAGCCUCACCCACGUACUGGAAAUACCUACAAGGUUUAUCCCACAUAUGACUUUGCCUGCCCCAUCGUUGACAGUAUUGAAGGUGUCACACACGCAUUGAGAACAACUGAAUACCAUGACAGAGAUGAACAGUUCUACUGGAUCAUUGAGGCACUGGGCAUAAGGAAGCCCUAUAUAUGGGAGUACAGCCGGCUAAACCUCAACAACACCGUGCUCUCUAAGAGAAAGCUUACGUGGUUUGUCAACGAAGGGCUUGUGGAUGGAUGGGAUGACCCAAGAUUUCCCACUGUGCGUGGUGUCCUAAGAAGAGGCAUGACAGUUGAAGGGCUGAAACAGUUUAUUGCUGCUCAGGGCUCCUCUCGAUCCGUUGUGAAUAUGGAGUGGGACAAAAUUUGGUCCUUUAACAAAAAGGUUAUAGAUCCAGUAGCACCUCGCUACACUGCCUUGCUGAAAGAUGCAGUGGUCCCAGUAAAUAUUCCUGAAGCUCAAGAAGAGAUGAAGGAAGUGGCUAAACAUCCAAAGAAUGCUGAUGUUGGGUUGAAACCUGUGUGGUAUGGCUCCAAAGUCCUGAUCGAGGGUGCAGAUGCAGAGACCCUGACAGAAGGAGAGGUGGUUACAUUCAUAAAUUGGGGCAAUAUUGUCAUCACCAAGUUAAACAGAAAUUCAAGUGGAAAAAUUGUGUCCAUUGAUGCCAAGUUGAACUUAGAAAAUAAAGACUUCAAAAAAACGACUAAGAUCACUUGGUUAGCAGAAACUCCACGUGCACCACUCAUCCCAACUGUCUGUGUUAAUUAUGAGCAUCUGAUCACUAAGCCAGUUCUAGGUAAAGAUGAAGACUUCAAGCAAUAUAUCAACCAAAACAGUAAGCAAGAAGAAAUGAUGUUAGGUGAUCCAUGCCUUAGGGACUUAAAAAAAGGGGACAUCAUCCAGCUUCAAAGGAGAGGAUUUUAUAUUUGUGAUCAGCCCUAUGAGCCAGUGAGUCCUUACAGCUGUAAAGAUGCCCCAUGCAUUUUGAUUUACAUCCCUGAUGGGCAUACUAAGGAAAUGCCAACAUCUGGGUCAAAAGAGAAGACCAAAGCUGAAACUGCAAAGAAAGAGGCUAGUUCAUCUGUAAAAGGAAAAUCCACUUCACUUGUUAGUGAUACCUCAACUCCAACUUGUACUCCAUCUGAAGGUCACCUGGUCAUUUACAACAAGGUGUCUGCACAGGGUGAUAUAGUCAGAGACUUGAAAGCUAAGAAGGCACCAAAAGAAGAUAUUGAUAAGGCUGUGAAACAGUUGCUGGCCUUGAAAGCAGAAUACAAAGAGAAGACAGGUCAGGAGUAUAAGCCUGGAAAUCCUCCAGUACCUAUAACUGAACAGUCUUCAAAGCUUCAGAUGUCUGGUACCUUGGACAGCAGAGCUCUGUAUGAUAAAGUAGCAGAGCAAGGAGAAGUAGUCCGAAAACUGAAAGCUGAGAAAGCACCUAAGGAUGAAAUAGAUGAAGCAGUAAAACUCCUUCUUUCUCUAAAAGCUGACUACAAGGAAAAGACUGGGCAGGACUACAAGCCAGGACACCCACCAGCAGCUCAAGGUGCUUUGCCUCAGGCAUCAAACACAGUACCCAGUGGUCCAGACACACCUGAAGCUAAAGCUCUGUUUAGCGAAGUGGCUCUUCAAGGAGAUGAAGUUAGGAGACUGAAGUCAGAAAAAGCAGAAAAGGAAAAGAUAGAUGCAGCUGUAAAAGAACUUCUCCAGUUGAAGGCCCAGUAUAAGUCUGUUGCAGGAGUUGAAUAUAAACCAGUUUCUGCUAGUGGUGUUGAUGACAAAGACAAGAAGAAGAAAGAGAAAGACAACAAGUCUGAAAAGCAGAGUAAGCAACAGAAGCAAAAUGAUGGCCCAAAGAAAGAAUCUUUGCAAGGACAGAGUGGUAAUGAGCUCUCCUCAAGUGGAUCAGGAGAGGGUCAAGGCCCUAAGAAACAAACCAGGCUGGGUCUAGAAGCUAAAAAAGAAGAAAAUCUUGCAGACUGGUUCUCUCAGGUGAUCACAAAAUCUGAGAUGAUUGAAUACUACGACGUGAGUGGCUGUUAUGUUCUUCGUCCUUGGGCGUAUGCUAUUUGGGAAGCUAUCAAGGACUUCUUUGAUGCAGAGAUCAAGAAACUUGGAGUGGAAAACUGUUACUUCCCCAUGUUUGUGUCUCAGGCUGCCCUAGAGAAAGAGAAGACCCAUAUUGCUGACUUUGCUCCUGAGGUUGCUUGGGUCACAAAAUCUGGGAAAACAGAUCUGGCUGAACCCAUUGCUAUACGUCCCACAAGUGAAACAGUUAUGUAUCCUGUCUAUGCAAAGUGGGUGCAGUCACACAGGGAUCUUCCUAUCAAGCUUAAUCAGUGGUGCAAUGUUGUGCGUUGGGAGUUCAAACAUCCCCAACCUUUCCUUCGCACUCGUGAGUUCCUGUGGCAAGAAGGUCACACUGCAUUUGCAACGUAUGAGGAAGCAGCAGAGGAGGUGAUGCAAAUACUUGAUCUGUAUGCCCAAGUGUAUGAAGAUCUCCUAGCAAUACCUGUUGUGAAAGGAAGAAAGACUGAGAAGGAGAAAUUCGCUGGGGGUGAUUAUACAACCACUGUAGAGGCAUUUAUAUCUGCCAGUGGAAGAGCUAUUCAGGGAGCAACGUCACAUCAUCUGGGGCAGAAUUUCUCAAAGAUGUUUGAAAUUGUGUUUGAAGAUCCCAAGAAACCAGGAGAGAAGCAGUUUGCUUAUCAGAAUUCCUGGGGCAUUACAACUCGAACUAUUGGUGUCAUGACAAUGAUUCAUGGAGAUAACAUGGGACUGGUGCUCCCACCUCGAGUAGCCUGUGUUCAGGUUGUAAUUAUCCCCUGUGGUAUCACAAAUUCUCUUUCUGAAGAAGACAAAGAGGCUUUAUUGAAGAAAUGUAACGAAUAUCGGAAUAGGCUGCUUGGUGUCAAUAUCCGCGUACGAGCUGAUUUAAGAGACAACUAUUCACCUGGGUGGAAGUUCAACCACUGGGAACUUAAGGGUGUUCCAGUCAGGAUUGAGGUGGGACCACGAGACAUGAAAAGCCAGCAGUUUGUAGCUGUUAGAAGAGACACAGGACAGAAGCUGACCUUUUCUGAACAUGAAGCAGAAGACAGACUGAAGCAGAUUUUGGAGGAGAUCCAUGCUAACCUUUACAAGAGAGCUUCUGAGGACCUGAAAAGUCAUAUGGUGGUGGCAAAUACUAUGGAGGACUUUCAAAAAGAGCUCGACUUAGGAAAGAUUGUACAAAUCCCUUUUUGUGGGGAAAUCGAUUGCGAGGAUUGGAUCAAGAAGACCACUGCCAGGGAUCAAGAUCUUGAGCCUGGUGCCCCCUCCAUGGGAGCAAAAAGCCUCUGCAUACCUUUCCAGCCUCUCCGUGAACUACAGUGUGGAGCAAGAUGUGUCUGUGGCAAAAACCCUGCCAAGUUUUACACCCUAUUUGGUCGUAGCUACUAAAUUACUGGUGAAAGCUCCUUCUCCUUUAUCUGUGAAUUGAACUUUUUUUAAUAAGACUGAGGUAGCCCCCAAACUUAAUCAGUUUUGCGACUUUUUAAAUGAUUCAGCAAACAAAGCCAUAAACCAUAAUGUCCCCUCCUCUCCCUGUCCCCCAGUUGUCAAUCUUAGGCUAGGAGUAAUUCACAGAUUUUUCUGUAAACAUCUCUACUAAUAAACCUGU